AACUCUGCAAGCCAAUGGGCAGCGGCCCACAGGUGCGAUCCACCUGCGGAUCCCAGAGCCACCUAAGCUAGCCAGAAAAGCCGACAAAACCCGUUUGUGCGGCAGGCUGCGCGCUGCUCUGGCUCCAGCCCCCUCCCCAGUGCCCGGGCCGCCGCCAGCCAGCCAGCGUCCCAACCCGCCGGGCCAGUUCUGCCACCCGCUGGCUGCCAGACAUGACACAAGACUACGACAAGACCAAGAUCUGAUGGAUUUUUAUGAAACCCACGCUACUGGAAAAAUGGACUUCCCCAGCAAAAGGCCCGUGUUGGUUCUUCAGAAUGACACUCUCUACUCCCAGAGGCGUCCAUACACCAGUGAAGAUGAAGCCUGGAAGUCCUUCCUUGAAAAUCCCCUUACAGCAGCCACCAAAGCCAUGAUGAGCAUCAAUGGCGACGAAGACAGUGCAGCUGCCCUGGGAUUGCUGUAUGACUAUUACAAGGUUCCCAGAGAAAGAAGGACUUCAACAGCAAAACCAGAUGUAGAUCACCCUGACCAAGAUCAUGGCAAAAGAAACAGCAUCCCAACGGAACAAUCACUUAUCUCUACUGGAGAAAACAGAGUGCAGGUUCUGAAAAAUGUGCCUUUCAAUAUUGUUCUUCCGCACGCUACCCAAAUGGCCAUGGACAAGAGAGGCCAUCUGACGACCCCCGACACCACUGUCACUGUUUCCAUUGCAACAAUGCCCACGCAUUCAAUUAAAACAGAAACACAGCCUCAUGGCUUCACUGUGGGUAUCCCUCCCACUGUCUACCACCCUGAGCCCCCCGAACGAGUGGUGGUUUUCGACAGGAAUCUCAACCCUGAUCAGUUUAGUUCCAGUGCUCAGCCUCAGAACUCCCAGAGGCGCACGCCAGACUCCACCUUCUCAGAGACCUUCAAAGAAGGAGUGCAAGAGGUUUUCUUUCCUGCUGAACUAAAUCUGCGGAUGGCCAGCAUGAGUUCAGAGGACUACGUUUUUGACAGCAUUGCUGGGAAUAACUUUGAAUACACCUUAGAAGCUUCCAAGUCACUUCGUCAGAAGCCAGGGGACAGCACAAUGACCUACCUAAACAAGGGUCAGUUUUAUCCGAUCACCCUUAAAGAAGUCAGCAGCAGUGAAGGAGUCCACCACCCAAUCAGCAAAGUCAGAAGCGUCAUCUUGGUCGUGUUUGCCGAAGACAAAACAAGAGAAGAUCAGAUCAGGCACUGGAAGUACUGGCACUCAAGGCAGCAUACAGCCAAACAAAGAUGCAUUGACAUUGCCGACUAUAAGGAGAGCUUCAAUACAAUCAGUAACAUUGAAGAGCUUGCGUACAAUGCCAUAUCCUUCACUUGGGACAUUAAUGACGAAGCAAAGGUUUUUAUUUCUGUAAACUGCCUCAGCACAGAUUUCUCCUCUCAGAAAGGAGUUAAAGGGCUGCCCUUGAACAUUCAGAUUGACACCUACAGCUACAAUAACAGGAGUAACAAACCCAUCCACAGGGCCUACUGCCAGAUUAAAGUCUUCUGUGACAAGGGAGCAGAGAGGAAGAUCAGGGAUGAAGAACGAAAACAAAGCAAAAGAAAAGGCAAGUGCACUGACCCCAGCUCCCAGUUGAAUGCCUUUCCCGAGGUCAAAGUGCUAAUGCUUCCUUCCCACAAGCGGACAGACAUCACUGUCUUCAAGCCAUCCCAAGAUCUUGACACUCAGCCAGUUCUUUUUAUCCCUGACCUUCACCAUUCCUGUCUUCAGCGUGGGACUCACGUCCUUCCUGUUGCACCAGAAGAACUGGAGGGUGAAGGCUCUAAUAUGAAGAGGGGGCCUUAUAUAACUGAAGAUGAUUUUAUUGCACCUCCCAAUAAACUGACCAGAAUAGAAGAACCAAAGCGAGUGUUGCUGUAUGUCCGAAAGGAGUCGGAAGAAGUCUUCGAUGCACUUAUGCUAAAGACACCAUCUCUGAAAGGUCUAAUGGAAGCUAUAUCUGACAAGUAUGAUGUUCCUUUUGAUAAAAUUGGAAAAAUCUUCAAGAAAUGUAAAAAAGGAAUCCUGAUCAACAUGGACGACAAUAUUGUGAAGCACUAUUCGAAUGAAGACACCUUCCAGCUACAGAUUGAAGAGGCUGGAGGAUCUUACAAGCUCACUCUUACUGAGAUCUAAAACCAAAGCCAUCAAACCUCUGUGGAUUUUAAAUGAAGGUCUCAGAUGAACAUUUUUCUGUAAUUUAGUCUGUAAUCACUUUCUCUAGAAGAAACCCAGUGGGUGAGUUCUUCCAGGGAUCGGAGCAGUCUUUGUUUAGCAAAGUUGCUACAGUCACGUUUCUGUUCUUCCAUAAGGACAAAACAAUGCUCAUUAACUCAGUGCACUUGAAAUGAGUGAACAAAGAUAUCAGGAAUUAAAUAAUAUUUAUGUACAAAAACAUUAGCAAAUGGGGAUGGGGAGAGAAGCCUUGAAAUAGUGGUGAUAUUCUAACUUCUAUUUAUCUAUUAAAUAUUCAUAUGAGCCUAUCAGCUAAUGGUGUCUUAUUGGACUGCUCUCUGCUAGAUGCAGCUGCACAACUCCCAUUCAUGCUAAUGGGAGCUGCAGGUGGAUAUGGGAGACUAGACUCAAUAAUGUUUACUGCUGAACAGGGCAUGUUGCUGAAAUCACUUGUAUAAUUUUGGGGGGAAUGUAAAACUGCCUUGCUCAUGAAGAACUUAUCUAAGUUACUGUGUGAACUCAUUUGACAUGAAGCUGUAUUGUAUAUAAGUGCAAUAUAUUUUUGAAGGUUUGUAAAUGUGUACAUAUGAAUCAUAUAUAAUAUAUAUAUAAAAAAGAUGGUGUUCAUGUGUAUAUACAGUGAAUAUAUGCAAUGAAGCCUCCCUAAAAGGAUACUAUAUACAGGCAAACAGUUAUUUAAAAACCUAGUAUGUGCCAAACCUGAGCGCACAUUGUAUAGCAUGCACAGAGAUGACUUGUUUAAAGAGGAUUUUCCUAAACAGAAGGAAUGAUGCCUACUAUACAGCAGACCCCUCUGUACAGUGAGGUGUGGUGGGUUUAUUUGGCAGUGUACAACACAAGCUUAAGUUCUACAAUGGCUGUUACUCAUAUUCUGUGCCCGUAGUGAGAUUGUAUAUUCUCAGUCUUGAACCUGAGAGGAGCUGUGGGCUUGUGCGUCCAGGGGCUAAGCCAA